AUGAUCGUGCGAAAGAGAUCCAUCAACGGGACCCCAGUCGAAAAGGGAAGGGUGAACGAGAAGAAACUACAAAAUAUUACGAUAAAGAAUUACGAAAUUAACAGCAAUGAAAAGAAGAAAAACUUUUUUGAUUACUAUGGGUGCAUAUACCCAUUCAAUAUGCCCAUAAGUCUAUACAAGUAUCCGCCCAUUUUUGGGUACUGCAGUUUAAGUGACUUUCAAGAAAUAGGAGCAAAGCGACUGGCCUUGUUGCAGUUCUUGGACACAUGUACUAUCAGCGGGGAGGAGGAAAAGGACACAUUUAACUCAAAAGGGAGGUUGGACAGAGAUACCUCAGUGAGUAACUACAAUGAUAAUAAAAAUAAACAAAUCAGACAAAAAAUAUUCGAAUAUAAAUUUGGAAUUCAGUCGAUGAAAAAUUACAGCAAGGAAGAGAUGGAAAAUAUAAUCAUGACCGAUUUGUUGUCCCAUUACAUCUUAAGAAUAGCUUUUGCAAAGGACAAAGAAAAACAGCAGUGGUUUUUAAAGCAGGAAUUAAAAUUAUUCAUAUUUCGAUUAAACGAGUUAAAAAAUAUUAAUGUACUGAAUUCACAUAACCUUGGAGAGAGUGAAAGAGGAUUAAUUCAUUUGUUAAAGAGGGAAGAUUUAAAUUACGAAUUUCUUUCCAAACCAGUCAUAUCGUCCUUUGGGGCUAAGGAUGAAGCGUGGGAAAAAUAUACGUCCUUCAUCCCUAAUAGAGAUACCAUCGAGAAAGUAUUUAAAAUUCCCUUCUUUCCAGAUGCUUACUUUCUAAUCAAAGAUCACAAAGUGUGUGUUGAUAAAGCCAUCGCAUACGUUCCAGACAUAUACCUGGACGCUAUCUUAGUCACUCAGUUCAAAAUAAACAUUAAGGAGUCCUUCAAACAUUUAGAUCAAAAUGAGAAAUUGCUUCUUAACGUACAGAAUGACAGCAGAAUAUCUUCCUUCCUGGCGGCAUUGCCCAAAGCAUAUGUGGCAAAGGAUUACCGCCAAAAUUAUGAGCACACACAGGAGACGAGGCUAAUGCCACAGAAUCUUUAUAGUGUAUAUAAGCAGUCCUUUCCCCCUUGUAUGCGUAGAAUCUUUGUUAAUUUCUUAAAAGAGAAACAUUUGAAACAUUGGGGAAGGCAACAGCUGUGGCUAUUUUUAAAAGGGGCGGGAAUGACAUUGGAGGAAAACAUCCACUCCAAUCGAUCCAUAUGGUUACAGCCAGACAAAUUCGAUAAGGAGCAUAGAUAUACUAUACGCUAUAUGUAUGGGAAGGAGGGGAAGAAGACCGAUUUUAGCCCCUAUAAUUGCUCCAAAAUUAUAAAUAACUUUCCUGUUCCGUCAAGUGGAGACACUCAUGGGUGUCCCUUUAAAAACUUUGACGAAAGUCACUUGAGGAGCCUUCUGUUUUUCUUUGGCCUGACUGAUGAUCAGAUCAGGAAUAUCAUGCCUUUGAAAAAGAGCAAUGAAUACCAGAUGGCUUGUGUGAAGUUUUUCAUGGAAAUGCACCCCGGGUCGUCUGCCGACGGGGUGGGAAAUCACCCCAAUUCGUACUACAUCGAGAGUAGGAAGUACUACAAAUCGAAGGCAACGAACGGGACAAGCGAAACGGGUGCGCAAAAGGCGACCGCCACUUGA